ACCACCUUCUCACAAUACAACAUCACUUCGAUCGGCCCUCCACGUUCUACACGGCUUCAUAUUACUCGCCGACACCUAGGCAUCCGGCAAAUCACGCUGAGUCGGGCAGCACAGGCGUGAGCGCCUGGCGCGCGCACCUUCCACAUCAUGGCCAACAAACGCCCUCACGCGGCCAUGAACGCGCAGCCUGAAGACGAGGACCCUAUCGAUCCAAGUGACGAACUCAUGUUCUUGGCUCUGGGUGGUGGGAAUGAGGUUGGGAGAUCAUGUCACAUUAUACAAUACAAGGGCAAGACGGUCAUGCUUGACGCGGGUAUACAUCCCGCGUACGAUGGCCUCGCCGCGCUUCCCUUUUACGACGAGUUCGAUUUGAGUACUGUGGACGUACUUCUGGUUACACAUUUCCACAUGGAUCACGCAGCCUCCCUACCAUACGUACUCGCCAAAACCAAUUUCCAAGGCCGGGUGUACAUGACACACCCUACCAAAGCAAUCUACAAAUGGCUCAUGCAAGACUCCGUUCGCGUUCAAAACACUCACAUCGCCACCACCGCCGGCACGUCUGGUACGGAUGGCUACGUUUCCCAGCUCUUCAACGAAGCCGACAUCAUCUCUACCUUACCCAUGAUCAAUACCAUCUCUUUCAACACCACGCAUACUCACAACGGAAUCAAAUUCACGCCUUACCCGGCCGGUCACGUUCUUGGCGCCUGCAUGUACCUGAUAGAGAUUGCUGGACUCAAUAUUCUCUUCACCGGCGAUUACAGUCGAGAAAAUGAUCGACAUCUCAUCCCAGCCGCAGUACCAAGAGGCGUCAGAGUAGAUUGCCUCAUCUCGGAGUCCACGUUCGGUAUCAGCACGCACGUUCCGCGAACGGAAAGAGAAACGGCACUCAUGAAAGCCGUCACCGGCAUUCUGAACCGUGGCGGUCGAGCGCUACUCCCCGUUCCGGCAAUCGGACAAGGUCAGGAAGUGUUAUUGAUCUUGGAGGAUUACUGGCAAAGACAUGAAGAGUACCGCAGGUAUCCCAUCUACUACGCCUCCAGUCUGGCCAGGAAGUGCAUGGUCGUCUAUCAGACCUACAUCGACGCGAUGAACGAAAGUAUUCGGGCAAAGUUCCAGGCUAGCCAGGCUGGGACGGGAGACGGUCCGUGGGAUUUCAGGUAUAUCCGGUCGCUAAAGGGCCUGGAUCGAUUCGACGAUGUGGGCGGCUGCGUUAUGCUAGCAUCACCAGGGAUGUUGCAGAACGGCGUGUCCAGAUCACUACUGGAGAGAUGGGCACCGGAUGCAAAGAAUGGGCUGGUCAUCACCGGGUACAGUGUUGAAGGCACCAUGGCGAAGCAGAUCGUGCUCGAGCCUGACAUCAUCCCUGCUGUAAUGACCGGAGGCCAAGGGGGAAGAGGGAACCUGCUAAAGCGGCCAGGCAUGGGAGGUGGAGAGGAAAAGGCAAUGAUACCGCGACGUCUAACCGUGCAAGAGUUCUCAUUCGCCGCACACGUGGACGGACAAGAGAACAGGGAGUUUAUCGAAGAAGUCAAUGCUCCUGUGGUAAUUCUCGUGCACGGAGAGAAGCACAACAUGAACCGGAUGAAGAGUCGAUUGCUCAGCUUGCAGAAGUUCAAAGUCUACUCGCCUGCGAACUGCGAGGAAGUGCGGAUACCUUUCCGACAGGACAAGAUCGCGAGGGUGGUGGGCAGACUGGCGAGUGAGGUGCAGCCGCCUUCCGCGUUGCCAAUAUCUCCGCCCGCAUCUGACGAGGAAGGCGAAGAUAUGAAGCGAAGCAGGAUGGAGGAAGUCGUGAUGCGAGGCGUACUGGUGCAAAACGACUUCAAGUUGAGCUUGAUGGCACCAGAGGAUCUGAAAGAGUAUGCCGGCCUCGCUACUACAAGUAUCAUGUGUCGGCAGCGAAUCACGCUUGGCGCCGUGGGGGUGGAGCUGAUCCGUUGGGCUCUCGAAGGUACCUUUGGCAGCAUCACUACUGUUGCGAAGUCGACACCAGCGCAAACGAACGGAGACGUGAAGGACGAGGGAGAAAAAGCCGACGAGGAAAUCGAGAGAGAAGAACAAACCAUCUUCGACAUCAUGGGCGGCUGCGUCCGCCUAAUUUGCCACUCAGGCGGCGUGAUUGAAAUGGAAUGGGAGGGCAACCGGACGAACGACAGCAUCGCCGACGCCGUCAUGGCUGUCCUGCUUUCCAUCGAGUCUUCACCAGCCGCCAUCAAGCAAAGCAGCAAACUGCACUCACACGCCCACGACGGUUUCGGAGGCAGCUCAGAGGAAGAACGAAGUACAAACGGAGUUGAGGCGACCAGAAAUCCACUCGCGAAUGUCACCGCAGAAGAGAAGCUAAACCGCCUUUUCAUGUUCCUCGAAGCGCAAUUCGGAGAAGACGCAGUCUCGCCCAUCGCAGAGCCGAAGCUGGCGCAGCUGAACGGGGCCGUGGAAGAGAUGGACGAGGUGGAACGGGAAAAGGCAUCCGCCGCGGAAUUGGAGAGGCUGCAUGAUCUUGGCAUUCCUGUGCCGGGAGUGGAGGUUCGCGUGGACAAGAUGACUGCCAAGGUGUGGCUGGAGAAGUUGGAGGUGGAGUGUGCGAAUAAGAGUUUUGCGGACCGGGUGAGGGCGGUGGUGGAGAGGAGUAUGGAGACGAUUGCGCCGUUGUGGCAGUGAGGGGUGGUGGGAGUAUGUACUGCCGCGAUCAAUGACUGUCUCUCAAGCGACUUCAAUGUUGGAUCCGAUCUUCAG